AUGGUACAGCACCCAGCGCUUCUUCCUAGCGGCAAAAACGCGUCCUAUGGCUCGGGAGAUAUCGAUGCAGUUCCCAAGAACUUCACACCGAGUCCUCGUCGCCGUCUCACGCAAUGGCACAUCAACAUGGCGCUGAUCAACUUUGUCGAGUUUGCAGCUGAAUCCUCGCGUGGCGUCGUGCUGGCCACGCUCUUCCUCUACACCAAGUCACUGGGCGGCAAUUUGGCCUUCAUGGGUCUCUUGACAUCGCUCUUCUCUGUCGGAAGAUUGAUCUCGUCCACGAUCUUUGGCUGGAUGUGUGACCACUACUCGUUCCGCUCAGUCUACCUCGUGUCCUCGGGUAUCUGUCUGCUGGGCAAUUUCAUCUACCUCAUGGCAGACAUCCACGUGACCAACAGCUUACCAUUAUUGGCUGCAAGUCGCUUCAUCGUGGGCUUUGGGGCUGGCAACCGGAGUGUCUGUCGUGCCAACGUCGCAGCCAUGACGACCAUCAACCAGCGCUUGCGCUAUCUCACCAUCCUGGCGACAGUCGUGUUUCUCGGCUACGCUUUGACACCAGGACUCGGCAGCCUCGUGGCGGACGUUGAUGUCUUCUUCUAUGGCAUGCACUUCAACAAGUUCACCUCACCCGGUGUCAUCCUCGUCGUGUUCAACCUGGUCACGAUCUUCGCCAUGCUGACAGCGUACGACCCGAAUAUUGGCAUCCACGACGGUCCGCCAGACUCUCCCAGUACUGCUGCUACCAAAAAUACGUUGUCGGACUUGACGUCGAUGCCUGGACGCAUCGUGAACAUCGGUGCGAUGGUUUUCAUCUUCCUCAACUUUUCUGCUCGGGGGAUACUUUCAGUUUUUGAGACAGUGAACAUCCCGCUGUUCCUGCAAGUAACUGGCAGCGAUCCCGAAAGUGUCGCUGCUGUCGUUGACGCCUCGAAUUUCCAGUUCUACCUGGGACUGCUCGGACUUGUCUCGUACUUCUCCAUUGAGUACUUCCGCAAGAGAAUCACCGACGUCAGCUGGGUGCAACUUGGCUUUACAGUCCUUCUUUUAGGAAACGUUCUGCUGGCACUAAAGCCUACGUCUCUCACCUUCAGCCGCCUAGCGUUUGCCGAGCUUCUGGUCUGGAGCAUCGGCUGUCCGAUCACGACUGCUGUUGUAGUGGCUGCCUUCUCCAAGAUUCUGGGUGGUCGACCGCAGGGCACGCUCAUGGGCUUGCUCGGCUCUGCAGGUUCUGUAUCGCGCAUCAUUUUGCCGCUUUUGCCCGCAGCCAUUCCAUCGCUGACUCCGGUUUUCAUGAUCAAUAUCACGCUGUGUGCUCUCAGCGUGGGGCUGCUGUAUUGGUACAAUCGUGUGGUAUAUCGGACGAAGAUGGCGAUGCUGGCGGACGUUGAAAAUGCGUUCGAAGUCGCGUCUCCCCCAAAUGAUCCGCGGUCACCAUUAGGUACCGAUAAGGUGGACUACGAAGACAGCUAA